UUUUACUACCUAAAGAAUGCUGAUUCAGCUGCCGAACUAAUCAGGACAAACAUUCCCACAAACACAAAAAUUUUGCACGACAAAGGGACAGUUGAAGGGGAUGAAGGUUCCUAUGGGGAGUUUGCCAAAACAUACAAUAUGACUAUUCAUACAAGCGAAGGAAAGAGUGUAAGACAGUUUGAAUCGUUUUUAAACAAUCUGUGGUUGUCUAAGAGACCAGCAAAUGAAAUUUACUGUUGGCUUGAGAUUAGAAAAAGCAACAUGCGAGCUUAUGACUCUAACUUUUCAUCAUUCAUGACAAUUGAAGGUGUAACAUUCUAUGGCGGCUCAAUGUUGUCGCCAGUACAUUUUUCAAAGCACUGGGAAAUGACUGCCAGCAAUACAGUGGUGUUUGAAAAUGACAAGCAAAUGAUGUCGAUAGAAAGCGCCUUAUCUCAUGAUCAAUGCAGCGAAGUUGUGGAAAUUCCAUACAGUUAUUUGCAUGAUACAAUCAUAGUGAACAUUAAAGAUCAGUCUACAGCCUUAUUUGUCAAUGUUAAAUCAAAUCCAAAACUCUACAUUAGAAAAAGGAUAGAUGAGGACAGAACAGAAGAGAAAAAAAUUGUAAGAUUUCAGGGAGCGACUCGUGAAGAGUUUGGCAAAUCAAGCAGCUUUUGCAUUGAGUGGUCUGAAAAUGCACUAGACAACACAAAGAGUGAAUCGGAGUGCCCUGUUGGCUGGCGGGUAAUUUCAAGACUGAAACGGCUUGGAUUUAGUGUAGUCUAUGCAGAUAUCACAGUUCUCUCUCAUAUUCCACGGGAUUCGCAGUUUUCCUUUAACGACUUUGACAUGGAAUACGCAUGGAUAUGCCUUUUAUCUCAAGGAUUUAAAGUAACUGAUCAUUUAAACGAAGAAAAUAUAUCUCUUCUUAGGAGUUACAUGGGGUUUUUGACAACUGAGACUUUGUAUCGUUUUGCCAUGACAGCAAAUGACCUUCCUUUUAUUCACUUUGCUCACAUGAUUUCUACUCAAGUGAAAAUCAACAGACAGAUGAUCGAAGAGACUGAAGAUCUUCCUCCGGGGUAUUCAAUGAUCCGACGAUUAGUCUUGACGCCAACAAAGCACGUAUUUUAUCCAAAAGAACCAAUUUUUCAAAAUCGAAUUAUUCGGCAAUAUGAUGAGGAGUAUUUUAUAAGAAUUGUUUUCCGUGAUGAGGAUUAUGAAAGAGUAAGUGCUAUUCAACCAGCCGCUCUUGAUUCAGUUACAGACGCUAUGAAACAGUUUUUACGAACGGGAUUUCGAAUCCUCGAUCGUCACUAUGAGUUUUUAGGAUGUUCAAACAGUCAACUUCGGGAACAUGGAUUCUGGUUCUUUUGUCCAAACAAAGGUAUCACUGCACAGAAAAUUCGGGAUCAAAGUGGGGAUAUAUCAACAGAACGAUGUGUGGCAUCAUAUGUAUCACGCUUUGGACUCUGUUUUUCUGCUUCUCGUGAUACGGUGGUUGUUGGCGUGAAUCAUGGGGAAGUUCUACAUGAAAAAGACAUAAAAAGAAAUGAGUUCUGCUUUUCUGAUGGAAUAGGAAAACUGUCGCCUUUUCUUGCUGAGCAGGUGUCGGCAACCCUUGAGCUGAAAGUAACUCCCUCUGCAUUCCAAAUUCGAUACGGCGGGUGUAAAGGCGUUGUUUCACAGGACCCAACUCUAAGUAAACAAUGCAGUGUACUCGUCAUUCGGGAAAGCAUGAACAAGUUCCAAUCAACGUCAAAAAACCUUGAAAUUUUACAGGUUACAAAUCCAGGGAGACUUCAUUUAAAUAGACAAGUAAUUACUCUUCUGUCUGGAUUGGGUGUCCCAGAUAGCGUUUUCUUAUCACUUCAAGAAGAGAUGCUUUUUAGUUUAGCAGAUAUGAUGAUUUAUGACAAAGAAGCACUGAAAUCCCUGUCAGGGUUAUCUAUUGACAUCAAGUUUAAAAACCUUCAGAACAGAGGAAUUGUAUUCAUCAGAGAGCCAUUUUUUCGUUCCGUGUUGAUAACAAUUUAUAAAAGCAAAAUUCGGGAUUUGCUUCGAAGGGCCAGAAUUCAGCUACCCUAUGAGAAGGGUCGCAUUAUGAUGGGAACACUGGAUGAAACCGGGACGUUAGAAUAUGGACAAGUGUUUGUUCAGUAUUCAAAAGUUCCCGGACAACAGCAGAUUGAUUCAGUUGUUCACACAGGAAAAACAGUGGUUACGAAAAAUCCGUGUUUUCAUCCAGGGGAUCUUCGGAAAUAUGAAGCUGUUGAUGUUCCUGCUUUAUACCAUAUGUUUGACUGUAUUGUAUUUCCACAGAAAGGUAAUCGUCCACAUCCUGAUGAAAUGUCAGGAUCUGAUCUAGACGGUGAUAUGUAUUUCGUGAGUUGGGACGACCGAUUUUGCAAUGCUAUUGAAAACAAGGAACCAAUGGAAUUUCAUAAAACUGAAAAAGAGAGAUUAUCUCGAGAUGUUAGGGUUGAUGAUAUGAUAGAUUUUGUUGGUGAGUAUAUUAAGAAUGAUAACCUUGGCAUUAUUGCAAAUGCACACGUCGUUCAUGCAGACAGAGAAAACAUCUUCACUGAAUCCUGCAGACAGCUUGCCAAAAUGCAUUCUGAUGCUGUUGACUUCCCAAAGACGGGGAAACCUGCUAAAAUGAUCAGAGAUCUGAGGGUUGAUAAAUAUCCUGAUUUCAUGCAGAAAGUUGAUAAACCACAAUACAUGUCCAAAAAAGUUCUUGGAAAGUUGUUUCGUCAAUGUCGCGCACUUGAACAAGCACAGACGAGGAGAAAAGACCACCAGAAAAUUAUAAAGGAUGUAGGACUUGAUAAGGAAUUGAUCUUGAGUGGGUGGGAAAAAUAUGAAGAUGAUGCAGUUACUGCUAGAAACCAGUACAAUGAUAAACUCAGACAAUUAUUAACUUUGUAUGGUAUAGAAAAUGAGACAGAAGCUAUUUCUGGUGUCAUAAAGAGACUCAAUCCCCAAAGAGGGUGUCUAAGCAAUGAGAAAUAUGAAAUUGGGCAGAUAGUGAAGGCUAAAAUGUCGGUUGUUAGAGGGAAAGCAAGAGAACAAUUUUUCCAGGAAUUUGGAGGUGAAACGAACGUGGACUUGGAAAAUAUAAGGAAAGAAAUUUUAUCAAAAGCCUCCGCCUGGUAUUAUGUUACUUACAGUCAAAGUCCCGAGAACCCUGAACCUUUACUGAGCUUUCCCUGGGUCAUUGCAGACAUACUGGCUGCCGUAAAAGGUGAGAAAAACCAAAAUACAGCAAAUUCGAUAUCUGAAGGAAAGCCUGGAGAAUUUUCCAUGGGUAUUGAUAACUUGAUUGAAAUAGGGUCGUCUAUUGUUGAUCGAUUUUACCAUACUAAGGAACAUAGACAGACAACUUUGAACAACUUAAAACAUGUUGAAAAGAUUGUGUUAAAAAUUCUUGUUCCUGUAAGAGGAACAUCUUUUUAUCCUGUCGGAUCGUCCUUAAUAGGUAUGAUGGCAACCGAUGAAAAAACUCUAGAUAUCCAUGUAAGUACAAGACGAAACAGAAAAGACGUUUUUGAUUGGAUUCAAAAUUUGCUCCACAGAGAGCGCAUUUAUAUCGCGGAACCUGGCAUGAAUUCCAGAUACCGGGUUCUUCUUGGGGGAAAUGAAUAUUACAUCAAGUUUUCAACAGACGUUAAUGCUCUACGGAGAUCAUUUUUUUUCAAAACGUUUGUUGAACAAAACAGAGAGAUUACUCCCGUAAUUUCUUUCCUUUUAGAUUGGGGAAGAAAAACCUCUCUUGUGUCCCAAGCUAGUUCAGGACAUUGCUUCGAUGAAAUGACAUUUGCAAUGGUUAUUAUAAGUAGUUUUCUAAACAUGAGGGAUCUUCCAAGAGACAUGAAGAUGCUUGAUCCUGAUAGUAUUGAGAACAAUAUAUUUACAGAUACAAUGUACAUCCCAGAUAUUGGCGAUAUAUCUGCAAGUAAAACCAGAGCUUUUGCAAGUAUUGUUAUGCAUUUUUUCAAAGAUUAUAGAGCUUUGCUUGCAAGCCAGGUGAAGAAAGGUGUCAUUAAUUUUAUAUUAGAUCCAUCCCAUAAAAAUCGCGGAAACAAAAACCUCUUGAGAUGCCCCUUAAAUCAGAGUACCACAACAACGCUACUAAAUGAAAUGCUUUGUGGAUAUCAAGAAAUAGCAGAAAAAAAUAACAUUAAUUCGUUUUUUGGGGAUGUUCAACGCAUUGAUGAUCAUCUUGUGGUAAAUCUUCCGCUCGAUACAUGGGAUUCUCUUUUGUUUGCUGAGGCUUAUAUCGAAAGACGGCUCUCUAAAGCAACAGGGGCAGUCAUUAGAAUUCGAAGAACAAAUUUUAAAGAAACAAAAGGAAUCAUUAUGGAAGCUUGGGGUAGCUCAGAACAACUCUGGAAACUAAACAAUUCGUUACAAAACCUUAGUGAGAAAUCUUCUAAGUUUGUGUCUACACUUGCAAGAGAUAAAGCAUUUAUAGAAGGGGCAUAUGUGACUUUCUAUGAAGGCUGUAGAUCGACAAAUGAUAUCCUAAUUUUCCAGUGGUUUAGAGGUCCAAUACAAGAACAUCACAAAAAUCGAGGUCCUGCGCUUCUGCCAUGUCUGCAAAAUGCUUUUAGAAAUACUGAACCAUCCUUAGAACAUUUGGAUAAUAAUUCUCCAGGUUGUGAAGAAUUUCAGCGUAUUUUUCUAGAGCAAAUAAAUGUGGUCAGAGAGAACUAUGACGUUACCUAUCAUGGCGUUCUUCGGUUUGCAUUGACUUUUGGGAAAGUAUAUCUGGUAGAUGUAGACGUAGAUCAAAUGGCUAUUAAAGACUUGCAAGAAAUUCUCCACCGCAAACAUUUCAUCGAAAGAAAAGAAUUUCACUUUUCAAAUCAAAGGGGACGCGGUCGUGGUAGGGGAAGGGGGCGGGGAAGAGGACGUGGAAGAGGGUCAAGUUACACAAACCUUAGAGACAAUUUAACUGUACGGCGAAAAAUCAGAAGUUCUUUCAUUCCAUCUGAUUGUAACCUGGAGAAAGUCAAUGGUUUUCUCGAAGAAAUUGGAUUCAAAAAGAAUGGAAAGGAAAAGAAAUAUCAUGUUAGUCUCCAGACUGGUAAGGCAGACUUUGGAAAGCCACAUACAGGGUUAUGCGUCCUUGAUCAGGAUUUGCGCUUUAAGGAGUUUCGUCUGUCAGAUUUAAAGUGGUUUGCUGGUGACAUUAUUCGGUUAAAAACAGAUGCUAAUAAGAUCCCUUUAGACGUCCGAUGUAAGUUGCAAUCCAGGCGAAUCCUUGACAUAGAAUCUGUACGGCAGAUGAGUGAUGUGAAAGAACUUCUUGAUGAAAAUUGUCGUUUGAUGGAAAAGAAGGGCGAUAACCUUUGUGUCUCACGGGAUUUUAAAGACAGGGUAACAUUUCUUCGUGAAAAGCAAGUAAAUUCGUACUCCUACCCCGAGUUUUCUAAUGAAGAGUGGAUAUGGAACGAUAUGAAAAUAAAAGUAGCAACCAUGAAGUUCUGGAUUUUAGCAGUGCUGAUCAGUUUUGCUGGUAACAGUUUAUCAGAAGAAGACAAUGUUGCAAGACUUUUGGCCUCUAAAAUUGUUUUAAACCAGUAUCUAGUAGAAGGCAGAGAUUUAACUGUAGAAUAUACUAUCUUUAAUAUUGGGGGGAGUGCUGCUCUUAAUGUUAAUUUAAAAGAGGAAGGUUUCCCUGAACAAGACUUUGAGGUUGUCAAAGGCAACUUGAAAGUGAAGUGGGAAAGAAUUGCACCUGGUACUAAUGUGUCCCAUGCUGUUGUUCUCCGUCCAUUACAGUAUGGCUAUUUCAACUUUACUGCAGCUGAAGUCUCUUACAAACCCACCGAAAAUGCUGCAACAGAAGUGAUUGGAUUUACAAGUGCCCCAGGAGAGGGAGGUAUUGUUGGCAGCAAAGACUUUGACAGGAAAUUCUCUCCUCAUGUUCUGGAUUGGUUGGUUUUUGCCAUCAUGACCCUGCCAUCUCUCACCAUUCCAUUUUUACUCUUCUACAGAAGCAAGAGCAGAUACGACACACCCAAGCCGAAAAAGAACUAAAUACAUAUAUUUAAAUUUUUUACAUUUUUUUUUUCAAUUUUUCUUUUAUAAUAAAUUUUCAAAACUA